AUGCAGAAAUGCUUGCUGCCGCAACUUUGCCGCAAUAUCCACAUCUAUGUGGACGACAUCAUGGUGAAGACCAAGCAGCACCUCACGCUCCUUGAUGACCUGAAGGAGACCUUCGCCAACCUGCGCGAGUACAAGGUCAAGCUCAACCCGGAAAACGACUCGGACCUGGUGGUUCAGCAGUGCUCCGGCGAGUGGGACGCCCGCGACCACAACAUGGCGAGCUACCGCUUCCUCGUUCAGAAGCUGUCUGGAUUCUUCGCGGGCUGCGAGUUCCUCCACGUCCCGCACGCGGAAAAUGAGGCGGCCAACACGCUCGCCAAGAUCGCCUCGUCCCGGCAAUCCAUCCCGUCUGGCGUCUCCCUCGAGCACCUGCACAAGCCAUCCGUCAAGCCGUCUCUCGACUCCGAAUCCAUCUACAUCCCGGAUGACCCGGCCGCACCUCAACUCGGCCCGGGGACUACCAAACUCGGCCCGAGGACUGCCGAGCCUGGCCUGGGGACUACUCAACCCAGCCCGGGGGCUGCAACCCUCGACCUGGGCACCGCUGUUCCCAACCCAGGGGCCGCUGAACUCGGCUCGGGGGCUGCCAUCCCAGAACCCGCCAUGGUGGCCGUCUUUGCCGUGGUGACGGCGCCAUCAUGGGCCCUGCCCAUCUCAGACCCCACCGGCGUGUUCCAGCGCUACGUCGAGCAAGACAAGGGCAUUGAUAUCCUCCUCGACAUACACCAGGGCGAGUGCGGGCACCAUGCCGCCUCGCGGUCCCUGGACAUCGGAGUGCGCUACGGCAUGCCAAACAACAUCAUCAUGGACAACGGCACCAACUUUGCCAAGGGCGCGCUCACGCAGUACUGCUCCGUCUUCGGCAUCCGCCUCGACCUGGCUUCCGUUGCACACCUGCAGUCCAACGGCCAGUCUAAACCCUAG